GUGCAAGCAUGCAGCGACGGACGAUUAUGGGUGUUUUGGAAUUGCCGGUCGGGAUUCAUUUCUCUCGCCUCUUUCUGUCUCUCUCUACACGCAUCCUAUCGUAUCUUGAUCACACGGGCACCAAGAGCUCUGCUUCACCACCCCCCAGCCUCCCUCUUAUCGGUGGGACCAUGGCGAGUGCAUCAGGCUAUAAUCAUCACCGAUUCGCGAGGGCGGUGCUUAAAAAGUCGAGAAAAUGGGAACCAUCCCUCGUCGUUCAGCUCUAUCCUCAGCAUUGGAGGUUUGAAAACUCGCCCAUGACAUUCCAAUAUUCUGGCCCCAUGUCCCCAUUCCUCCUCGCACUCCGAGCUCAAGUCAUUCCUGCCGCUCUCAUCCCCUUCUUAUACGAUAUCCGACCCCCUGUAUCCUUUGUCGACGGUUGCUUAGUGGUCGAAAUCCAAGAUUCUAGGAAAGCCCCGGAAGUCAGGAGCAGAGUCGUCAUGCGACCUGCACCGGAAGCUCUGGCUCAGACUAUCGACGUCAUGUUGGAGAGAAAGGGGGAAGAUUGGGACGAACAUAUGGCUCUAGAGUUGGAGUCAAGAAUCAUGGCCGCCACUUCCCCACCCCUCUACCUCGGCACCUCCAUCCUCUCCUCCCGCAACGCCGCGCUCGCCAUGUCCCUUACCAUGCCCGCCGGACCCAAUCUCGCCGCCGACGGUACCUAUCGCGAUCCCACAUUGUCCGCCUCAGGCGACGAUAAAUCCGAAGUCGAACGCAUGCGUAAACUACUACGUGCAGGCGAACGAACUGGACCUUUUCAACCGAAUUGGAACAUUCUUCGCGUCAAGGAGACGCUAGAGAAUCAAGAACGACAAAAAGUUCAAGCUCAGCAGGUCGCGCCGCAGCAUCCUCAGACCGCUCCGACAGCACCCGCCGUCAUGGCUGCUGGUGGGAGCGGGGAGGAGAAACCCAAAAAGCCAAAGAAGAAACGACCCGACGAGCUUGUCGCACCGGACGACAAGAAACCCAGCAAGAAGAAAAAAGUCGAUGGCGAGGUGAAGAAGAAGGAGAUACCAUCGGACAAGCCAAAGCCAAAGAAGAAGACGGUCAAGAAGAAGCCCGAGGAGCAAGUGUAGCAUUAUCUGUAGCA